UUGUACCACAAACAAGCCCGCGAGAGAUCACGGACGAAUCUGCUGUACCAGGAAUCGGAUCCAAUCGUCUGUAACAGAACAAGCGGGCUCGUCCUUUGGAGCAAGCGUGCACGCUGAGGAGGAGACAACAGCGGCACAACUCACCUCACGCUAUCACCCAUCACCCGGCCCAGAGAGCGAAACCCCGCUGUCCCACCAAUAACAGUUUUUCCAACCGCGUCCUCGCCCGCCUUUCUUCACAACCAAUAACACACGAAGUUGUAAGAAAGGCCUCCGAAGACAUGAAGCGCGACCGCGACGGCAGUCAGCACCAGCACCACUAUGAGUAUCGGCAGCAGUGGCCACAGCAGCAGUACCAACAGCAUCAACAUCAGCAGGAGGAAGAGAUCCCCCCCCCUCCACCACCUAGGAACCGACCGCAGCAGGAGAUCCCCCCUCCCCCACCGCCUAGAACCCGGCCUUCGUCAGCGUCAAAGAAUGGCCAUGUCGCAGAAGUCUCGAACGGGUCGUCUAACCAUCCUCCAGCUUCUUUCGCUUCUGCUACAGCCGCCGUGGGGACUGCGUCAAGAAUGAACGACGCCGGCGACAGGGGCGGGGCGAACGUCUUCACCGCAUCAAGUUCUUCCGCGAGGGCCCCAUCAUCAUCAUCGACCGCAACCUCCUCUGCUAUGAAGAGACCGAAGCUCGGCUACGAACAUCCAGACAACUGGCGAGCAACGGCCGACGAAGUGCUUGUGAAAGCAGGGCUAGAAAGAGUUGGCAAGGAGGAAAGAUCGAGGGCUGGAGACGAGGAAGGUUCGUCCACGCGCAGGGGCAAUGAUAAGGAAAAGCAGCAGCAGCCGGGCGCGACAAAAGUGGUGGCAGCGGCCCGGUCAAAGAGGCGAUUUGCUGUCGUUUGUUCCGCCAAUUUCAACCGCAGCAUGAUGGCCCAUAAACUUCUUAAGGAACAUAACUUUCAGGUUGAAUCCUACGGUACUGGCAGGGAAGUGAGGCUACCAGGCAAGGACAUCGCCAGCCCAGAAGUGUUUCCUUUCGGAACGCCCUACCGGGAUAUCUUCGACAAGCUGAAGGCCAAAGACGAAGCGCUUUUUAGCCAGAACAACCUGCUGCCCCUGGUGGCCCGUAACGCAAUGGUGAAAGCCGCCCCGCAGCGGUUUCAAGAAAUCGAGGGCCCGGACAUGGCGGAUUUCGACGUGGUGCUAUGCUUCGAAACGAGGGUUUUUUACUUGGUCGUGGAAGGUACAUGUUCUCCCGAAACUUAGAAAGUUUACAGUUGCGAACGUUAUUUGGGGGUAUGUACCAAUGCCGUUGUGAAACAGAUAGGCGAAAAGAUAGUUGGUGUGAGGACAGAAGGGCUGAUGCAUGGGCUUCAUUGCCGAGUUUCGUCAC